AUGUUCAAAUCAGCAAGAGAAACGGGUGUUCUACCUCGUCUGGAAGACCGGCCGCAAUGGCUCCCCGUAGAUAUAGCAGGGCGGGCCAUCGUCGAAAUUAUCACACAAUCCCAGCAAUCCAAAGCAACUGUAUGCCACAUAUUGAAUCCUAACCUGGAAAGCGGUUGGGACACAAUUCUGUCUGGCCUUCAGUCCGCAGGGUUGCAAUUUGAUGUUGUUGACCGUGCGGAAUGGCUGGAUCGUCUCGCGAAAUCUGAUCCAGAUGGCGAACGCAACCCGGCCAUCAAGCUACUGCCAUAUUAUCGCAAUAGGUUCGGUAAACAGACUCAGCGAGCACCAAUGGAAUUCCGCGUUGAUUCAACUAGCAAGGCUGCGCCGAGCAUCGCUAGCUCUCCAGCAAUUACGGAAGAUCUUGUUGCUAAAUGGGUCCAACGUUGGCGGGAAGCACCAUCCAAGAAGGCCGGCAAGAAGGUCGCUGCAGCGCCCAAGAAAGCGGGCGGCGCCGCCAAAGUUGCUAAGGCCGACUGGAAAGAGGGCUUCAAGAAAAAACAAGUCGGCGUUUCUGAUAUGACACUAUUGACCACGAUCACCAAUGAGGCGAUCAAUGAGAACUUGCAGAAGCGAUGGGUCAACGGCGAGAUUUAUACCUAUAUCGGCUCUGUGUUAAUUUCAGUCAAUCCAUUCAAAGAUCUUGGCAUCUACACCGACGAAGUGCUUCGGAGGUACAAGGGCAAGAACAGGCUCGAGGUUCCUCCACACGUGUUCAGUAUCGCUGAGUCUGCGUACUACAACAUGAAUGCGUACCACGAAAAUCAGUGUGUCAUCAUAUCAGGUGAAUCUGGUGCAGGCAAAACGGAGGCUGCGAAACGUAUCAUGCAGUACAUCGCCGCCGUCUCUGGUGGCCAGGACAGUAGCAUUCAAGAAAUUAAGGACAUGGUUCUGGCUACGAAUCCUCUCCUAGAAAGUUUCGGUUGUGCGAAAACAUUGCGGAACAACAACUCCAGUCGGCAUGGUAAAUACCUCGAGAUCAUGUUUAAUGAUCAUGGCGAGCCAAUCGGAGCGCAGAUCACCAACUAUCUUUUAGAGAAAGGCCGCGUAGUUGGACAAGUAGAGAAUGAACGUAAUUUCCACAUAUUCUAUCAGUUUACGAAAGGUGCAUCAGAUCAACAACGAGAAACUUACGGUCUACAGGGUCCCGAGGCCUAUGCAUACACGAGUGUGAGCAACUGCCUUGAUGUUCAAGGCAUCGAUGAUGUCCAUGAUUUCAGUGAAACUAUUAGAGCCAUGCAAAUAAUUGGCCUCAGCGAUUAUGAACAGACUGAGAUUUUCCGUAUGUUGGCUGCAAUUCUUUGGCUGGGCAAUGUGCAGUACGAGGAAAUGGAUGAUGGUAACGCUAGAGUCUCCGACACUAGCGUGACCGAUUUCGUUGCGUACCUUUUGGAAGUCGAUGCCGAACUUGUCCAGAAGGUCAUGACGAUCAGGGUUAUGGAGACCCAGCGUGGCGGAAGAAGGGGAUCCAUUUAUGAUGUGCCUCUCAACCCUGCGCAAGCUUCCGCCGGACGUGAUGCGCUUUCCAAGGCAUUAUACAAUAAUCUGUUUGAAUGGAUUGUCUCCAAGAUUAAUGUGUCUAUGAAAGCGCGCUCGGCUACUGCACAAUUGAUCGGUAUUCUGGAUAUCUUCGGAUUCGAGAUAUUCGAGGACAAUUCAUUUGAGCAGCUCUGUAUCAACUACGUCAAUGAGAAACUUCAGCAAAUAUUCAUCGAACUUACGCUCAAGACUGAGCAGGAGGAGUACGUCAGGGAGCAGAUCAAAUGGACGCCCAUCAAGUAUUUCAACAACAAGAUUGUCUGCGAUCUUAUCGAGGAGAAGCGUCCACCGGGAGUGUUUGCUGCACUCAAUGACGCAUGCGCGACGGCACAUGCCGACCCCACGGCCGCAGACAACAGCUUUAUUCAACGGAUGGCCAGUCUUGCGUCAAAUCCUCACUUCGAGUCACGCGGUGCACAAUUUCUAGUGAAACAUUACGCCGGGGACGUGAUGUACAACGUUGCCGGAAUGACAGACAAGAACAAGGAUCUUUUGAUCAAAGACUUGCUUGAUCUUAUUGGAGGAAGUGGCAACCAAUUCUUACAGUCCCUCUUCCCGGAUCGACCAGAUCCUAGCAGCAAGAAAAGACCUCCCACUGCUGGAGACAGGAUCAAGGCUUCCGCUGGAGCGCUGGUAGAAAAUCUCAUGCGGGCUCAGCCAUCUUAUAUUCGGACGAUCAAGCCGAAUCAGAACCGUAGCUCUACUGAAUUUGACUCGAAGGCAGUACUGCAUCAAGUAAAGUAUCUCGGUUUACAGGAGAACAUUCGUGUACGUCGCGCUGGAUUCGCGUACCGGAACACGUUCGAGAAGAUGGUUGAGAGGUUCUACCUUCUAUCUCCCGCUACAUCGUACGCCGGGGAGUAUACAUGGCAUGGAGACGCCAAGUCCGGCUGCGAGAAGAUUCUCACAGACACUGGUAUCGCCAGGGAGGAGUGGCAGAUGGGUACGACAAAGGCUUUUAUAAAAAAUCCUGAAACGCUGUUUGCCUUGGAAACUAUGCGAGACAGGUAUUGGCACAACAUGGCUGGUCGCAUACAACGAGCCUGGCGCAACUAUAUGAGAUAUAAACACGAAUGCGCCAGGCGCAUUCAACGUUUCUGGAAGAACAACAAGGAGGCGAUUGAGUACGCCAAGAUCCGAGACUACGGUCAUCAAAUUCUGGCUAGCAGAAAGGAAAGGCGCAGGUUUAGUCUUCUCAGUUACCGUCGAUUUAUGGGGGAUUAUCUGGAUAUCAACGGCAAGAGUUCACUUGGCGAGGAGCUCCAAGCUGCAUGUAGCAUUGGUGCUGAGAAGGUAACAUUCAGCUCAAGGAUACAAGUACUAGUAUCCAAAACGGGCCGUUCGAGUAAACCAGGCCCUCGUUUCUUUGUCGUCACUCCAAAAGCUGUUCACAUCGUCAUUGCGACAAGUAGGGAGGGCCAGACAGUAUAUACACUUGAACGGAAGAUUCAACUUGUAACCAUCAAGAGUAUCUCCAUGUCAAACUUAAGAGAUGAUUGGAUGGCCCUCAAUCUGGGCCCCACCGAAGAGGGCGAUCCCCUGAUUAGCUGCAUCUUCAAAACUGAGUUGGCAACACAUCUCCUCAAACUGACGCAAGGUAGCAUUAAUAUCGUCAUUGCACCAGCAAUUGAGUACAACAAGAAGAGAGACAAAAAAGCCCUUGUAAAAUUUGUCAAAGAUGAAACAGUGCUUAAGAAUGAUAAUUACAAGAGUCAUACAGUCCACGUACCUUCAGGAGAACCUCAUAAUAGUCUGUCCCGUCCUCCUGCGAAGCGCAAAGCGGGUAUAGUGCGUCCCAUAACUCAAGGAAAACUGUUACGCAAGGGUGGCCCAUCAGACAAGCCAGCUGCUUUACGGACCAAAUCAGUAGCACAACCGCUUCCCAGCAAGUCAUCCGUGGUACUUCCUAUGAAGCCUAGUGUGUCGGCCUCAUCUAAUGACGUCCCGCACCCGCCGCCUCCGCCUCCGCCGCCUGGCCGAACAGCCGUUCCACCGCCUCCGCCACCACCUCCUGAACCCGAGGCGGAAAUGUAUCGCGCCAAAUUCGCCUUUGAGGGCCAAGAAGGUGAGAUGAACCUGAAGAAAGAUGACGUGGUAGAAUUGGUUGAGAAGGACGAUAACGGUUGGUGGCUGGUAAAGAAGGGAAAACUCGAAGGUUGGGCACCCAGUAAUUAUCUCGAAUUAGUUCCUCCGAAACCCAAGACUGCGGCUCCCCCGCCUCCGCCUCCGCCGCCAGCAGCUCGUCGGCCCCCUUCGAUGCUUUCUGCAGCAGUCUCUACCCCAGCUGCUGCGCCUGCGCCCAAGAUAGCCGCGAAAUCGGUUGUCGCUGAUCCUUCGGCGAAACCUUUUGCCGUUUUCCCUGGGAUGAUGCCUGCCAACGGCUCUGCCGCUCCUUGGAAGAAGGCGGCUGCCGUUGCGAACGACUCGUCUGCAGACAGCACACCAGCUACUUCACGGCCAUCGAGUGCUCUAGCCCACAAAGCUCCUCCGCCUGCGCCCAAGCCGAAGCCUGGUCCGCCCCCAGUUGCGAACAAACCUGGUAUACCACCCAAGGUAGGUGGGAAACCACCUAUUCCUGUCGCUUCAAGGCCGCCCGCUACUGCCCCACGACCUACUCAGGGUGGACUCUCAAAGCCUGCUACUCCUAGUGGACAGAUGGAUUUGGCUGCGGCUCUAGCAAAGCGUGCGCAGAGACUUGCUGAGGACUGA